UGUUGAGGGCAGGAAAGCACGUGAUUAAAGAUCAGGUGAUUUCUUUCCCGGAAGUAACUUGAGAGCAUAUAGCCCAUAGCUUAUUUAUGCAACUUUAAAAACGUAUAUUUUUAAAAAUAAUAUUGUAUUGUGCUUGUUUCCAUGGAGGCUACACUAGAGCAGCACCUCGACGAUACAAUGAAGAAUCCUGCGAUUGUAGGAGUUUUGUGUACAGACGCCCAAGGGCAUAAUCUUGGAUGCCGUGGCUCCCUUUCCGAUGAACAUGGUGGAGUUGUGUCUGUUCUGGCUAAACAGGCUGCCUCUCUAACUAAAGAUCCAACAGACAUGCCUACUGUGUGUCUCGAAUCUGAUUCAGGGAAUGUGCUGGUGAGGACACACGGUACCAUCACAGUAGCUAUGCACAAGAUGGUGUCUUGAAGUCUCACAAUCUUUACAGAACCAUGACUAAUAUUAUGUUAUCACUUGAUAGACAUAUCACUUAUCUGCCUAUCUUUACGUGUGGGGGGGGGGCUUAUAAAUUAAAUAUGCUUAUAAUGGCAUAUUUGCAUGAUUUUGAGUAACUGUGGCCUCAUUCCACAAAUAUAGUGCUAGCAUAUUCUUUAGGAUUUGAUUUAUUUCCUAGCGUAAGUCAACCUUUCUGUUGUAAUAAUGUUGCUGUUAUAAAUAAUUUAAUAAAGUGUUUAUUUAAUGUUACAAAA